AUGCCUCCGAAAAAACAAGAACCCGAUGAACGCGUCUUCCUUCAAAUUCGUAAUCGACAAAUCAGCGAAAAAACUCUCGAAGAGCUCUUGGAACUUGCUGGAAAAAUACCCAAUCUUAUUCUUGAAGACGAGGAGCUGAUGGAAAAAUACGCCGCCGCUCCGGAGAAGGAUGAGCAAUUGACGGUCAAGAGAGUCUGUAACAAGGGUGAAUGCUGGAAUUCGGAGCCGAUUCCAGGAUCGACUCACAUCAAAAUCAACACACAAGUUCCAAAUGCAGAUUUGAGAGUGCUAGAGGAAUGGUGCAACAAAAGACAGCUUGUUCAGGCAGUCAAGAUGCUCCCGGAGCACAAUUUCUCAAUUCGUGACACAUGGAGACAAGUGCAGUCGGUCGCCAAUCCGUCACCAUGUUUCCAGUGUGGUGUCGUUGGAUGUCUUCGUCGACAGGAGAGAUGGCAUGGAAGAGUGAUUCACGGAAUGUUCCCGAACGUCCCAAUCUUCAAGUUCCUGCAUGACAAAUCUGACAAAAUCCCAUCAUGCUACUUCGUCCCACAGAAUAGUGACAUCAAAAUUCUCACCAAGUUUGAGGACGCCUUCAAGAAGAUCAAGGAAAUCGACCGUCAUUGUUAG